GCGGGGCCGGCGCUAGUAGAGGGGCCCGGUGCAUGGCGGUCUGUCGGCGGAGUCGGCCUCGGGGGCUGUCAGAUUUGUGACCUAAAAGGAAAUCUGAACCCAGCUGUGGCUUCCAGAGCUGCCUGAAACCAAAAUUCAUGCCUGAAAGUACAAAUAGCAGUGUGCCAUGGAGAACUUGGGAUUACAGACGGUGACCCUCAGUGAUGGGACAACAGCCUUCAUCCAACAAGCUGUCAAAGGAGAGAAGCUACUUGAAGGUCAAGUGAUUCAACUUGAAGAUGGAACCACAGCCUAUAUCCAUCAAGUGACAGUGGAGAAAGAAUCUCUCUCCUUUGAAGAUGGACAACCUGUACAGCUGGAAGAUGGUAGCAUGGCCUAUAUACACCGCACACCCAAAGAGGGCUAUGACCCUAAUGCCCUAGAAGCUGUCCAGUUGGAAGAUGGCUCCACUGCCUAUAUCCACCACCCAGUGGCCAUGCCCUCUGAGGGCACUGUCCUAGCUGUACAGACAGAAGUGGGCCUGGAGGAUCUGGCAGCAGAGGAGGAUGAGGCCUUCAGUGCAGAGGCCGUGGUGGCCCUGGAACAGUAUGCCAGCAAGGUUCUGCACAACAGCCAGCCCCCUCACAAUGGCAAAGGGCAGCAGGUUGGAGAUAGAGCAUUCCGCUGUGGAUACAAGGGCUGUGGCCGCCUCUACACCACUGCACAUCAUUUGAAAGUACAUGAACGAGCUCACACAGGUGAUCGACCAUACAGAUGUGACUUCCCCAGCUGCGGAAAGGCCUUUGCUACAGGGUAUGGUCUGAAGAGCCACGUGCGCACCCAUACUGGUGAGAAACCAUACAAGUGCCCAGAGGAGCUGUGCAACAAGGCCUUCAAAACGUCAGGAGACCUUCAGAAGCAUGUCCGCACCCACACUGGUGAACGCCCUUUCCGGUGCCCCUUUGAGGGCUGCGGCCGAUCUUUCACUACAUCUAAUAUCCGAAAGGUACAUGUCCGCACUCACACAGGGGAGAGGCCCUACACCUGCCCGGAGCCCCACUGUGGCCGUGGCUUCACCAGUGCCACCAACUACAAGAAUCACGUGCGCAUUCACACAGGGGAGAAGCCGUACGUCUGCACGGUGCCGGGGUGCGGCAAGCGCUUCACUGAGUACUCCAGCCUGUACAAGCACCACGUGGUGCACACACAUUGCAAGCCUUACACGUGCAGUAGCUGUGGCAAGACCUACCGGCAGACCUCCACCCUGGCCAUGCACAAGCGCAGCGCCCAUGGUGAGCUGGAGGCCACCGAGGAGAGCGAACAGGCCCUCUAUGAGCAGCAGCAGCUGGAAGCUGCAAAAGCAGCUGAGGAGAACCCCCUGCCCAAAGGGCCUCACAUCACUUUUCUAUCAGAGGUGAAAGAAGAGGGGGACAUCCCCGCACAGGUGACCAUGGUGACAGAGGAGGACAGAGCUCCCCAGGUGGCACUGAUCACCCAGGAUGGCACCCAACAGGUCAGUCUGUCCCCUGAAGACUUGCAGGCCCUAGGAAGUGCCAUCAGCAUGGUGACUCAGCAUGGUGGCACAACCCUUACCAUCCCCAGCCCCGAAGACCUUGCCACCUCUGGUACACAUACUGUCACUAUGGUCAGCGCUGACGGCACCGAGACACAGCCAGUUACCAUCAUAACCUCGGGGGCCAUGGUGACUGAGGAUUCAGCGGUAGCAUCCCUUCAUCACCAGCAGGUGGCACUGUUGGCCACGGCCAAUGGCACUCACAUUGCAGUGCAGCUGGAGGAGCAGCAGACUUUGGAAGAGGCUAUUAGUAUGGCUACCGCUGCCAUGCAACAGGGGGCUGUGACCCUGGAGACAUCCAUAUCAGAGAGCGGCUGUUGAGACCCUAGAGCAAGCUGGGUCCCACACAGUGGCAAAGAAGAUGCUAUGUGGUACAGGCAUCACUGUCUCCAAGCGUCCAGGCUGUGGAUGAACCACGGAAGGUUGCCACGUAGAGGUCGCUGAGCCACAGAAGGCAGCAUUGAGAGCAGCAUAGUUUGGGGAAAGGGAAUGGUUUUGCCAUCAAUAAGGAUGGCAGCCAAAGUAGGGGAGUUCUAGUCAUCCUCAGGAGGUGAGAAGGACCCACUGGGUCAUCAGACUGCCCUGGGUCUCCCACUAAAGCCUCCCUGGAUGUUCCUCUUCCUCUUAACACCUUGUUGCCCCUUACCCCUUUCCUUAGGACAGUGAGCAGAGGUCAAGGAUGCCUUGGGGGCUGGCCUUCUGCCCUCAGGUAGUUGCUACCCACUAUGUGGGAGGCCCCAGCAGAGGCAGGGGAGGGGGGAGCAUCUGGCUCCACCAGAGGAUAUUCUGGAGCCCCUCUAGCUACAUACUGCAAUAACUAUGGCAGAGGGAGGCCAAGAUGUCCAGGCAGAUGGCAAGAAUUUCCUGAGGGGCCUAUGGCAGACAAGAAAGGAGCAGUCUCCCUCAGCCCACCUCCAGCAACUCAUACUGUGGCUGGAGCAGAGAGUGGUCCCUGCACUUAGAUUGCUGGGUUUGGGAUUUGUGUGUGUGUGGUUUUUGUUUGUUUUUUAAUUCCAUUUUUAUAAUUUUUUUUUUCUGCUAAGGGUGAUGGUGGCGAGUGGGUGGAUGCUUAUUUAAUAAAAGUCCCAAAUUUCUGUA